AUUGUAUUAUGAACGACUUGUCAAUACGGUACGGUUUUAUCACUGCGUAGAUUUUCAUGAACCGAGACAUAUAAGCGCUAUUAGUUUUUGUUUUUACGAUUUGAUAAGUAGCCUUCUGCGCCAGUGAGUGUAAAGGCACUUCUCAAACAACAGUGCCACCCUAACCUUCGUAUUACUAGUUAUUUUUAAUCGUCAAAAUAUCUGUGAUAUUGUAGGAAAAUGAAGACUUUAUCGUUGGCUCUUUUCUUGGCUGUCUGCUCUGCUGCAUUCGCCACACAAUGUAACGUGAAUCCAGUGAACAUCCCAAAACAAUGGAUCACGAUGUCUCGCGGCUGCCGCGACAGCGUGCGCCGCCAGAUACAAAUGGAGGUGUCAGCCUCUAUACAGUACUUGGCCAUGGGCGCGCACUUCUCUAAGGAUUCGAUAAACCGUCCCGGCUUCGCGAAUCUAUUCUUCGAGGCGAGCAAAGAGGAGCGCGAGCAUGCCAUGAAACUGAUCGAGUAUCUGUUACUGAGGGGAGAACUCACCAAUAACGUCUCAUCCCUUAUCAACGUUAGGGCCCCGGAGCGCAAGACCUGGGCGAGCGGUCAGGAAGCCCUCGAGGAGGCUCUGAAGAUGGAGACCGAAGUCACCAAGGCGAUCAGAACCGUCAUUGUGAACUGCGAGGACGACAGGCAAGCGGCCGUUGGGCAGGAUAACAAUGAUUACCAUCUCGUCGACUAUCUGACGGGUGAGUUCUUGGAAGAACAAUACAAGGGACAGCGCGACCUCGCCGGCAAAGCGUCCACGCUCAAGAAGAUGAUGGACCGCCACUCCGCCCUUGGAGAGUUCAUCUUCGACAAGAAACUCCUUGGCAUCGAUGUUUAAGCCGCGAAAAUAAAAUUUAAAAAUAAAAACAUGUUUAAAUUUAGAACAAAUUCAAUCCAGCUCUGACGGGACAAUACGGAAUUGUAGAUUUUGAAUUUAGAACAUAGAAGUCGAAUGGCGUUUAGCCGGGCAUACAACUGUCACGUUUUUGUAACAUCUGUCAAAUGUAAUUUUUAUUGUUACCAGUUUCAAGAUUUAAUCCAUGAAUAUA